UAAGGAAUAAAACAAUUUAAGUACUAUUUGGUGAGGGCAUUCUAGCCUAGCGGUGACGAAGCUCUUGUCCUGAAAAAGAAAAAAAGAUGGAAGCCCUGUGGUAGAGAAGGAGGUUAAUUUGAUCGAUGUCUUUGAAUCUGUGCCACAUAUUGUACCUUCCGACAAAGUCAAAUGAAGGCAACGGAUGAUAAGCUUAUAGAUUUUUUGUGUGUGAAUGUAGUAGGUAGUGAAACUGUAGUUAGUUUUUGCAACAAUUACUGUUUUGUUUCCAACUUUAAUUAUUAUUACUUUGCAUUUUUGGUUUUGCUAUGGUUUAUUAUUAACAUGUAUGUACAAAUUGUGGUCCAUCUCAAUGCUGACAAGAACCUCCUUACUUCAAGCACGUAUUAUAUACUCCCUCCGUCCCCCUGUAUUUGUCCACUUUCAUUUUUACACACCAUCCAAUGCACUUCUUUAAUCCAUUAUAUCUUGUAAUUUGUAUAUUAAAAAAUUAUAGAAAUUAUAUAUUAAUAAUCUAUAUGUUAAGACAAAUCAAACAAGAUCACACAUGACUAUAUUUAGGCUUACACAUUGAGAGAAUUUGAUGAGUCAAAGUGCUUAGAUGAAUAGUUUCAAAAGUCAAAUGUGGACAAACACAGGGGGACAGAGGGAGUAUAUGAUUUGGUGUCGAGGAAUCAUCAUGUGUCCGGCUAUUAUAACUUGUGUGAUUGACUUCGAUCAUUUUGAGGGUGCGGGUAGAUUUUAUUUCAUGUGAUUUGAGGGAAUAGUUUGGUCAUUUUGGUUAUUUAAUCGAGUAAACGCAAGUUUCGCCGGUCCUACCAACACCAAGAAGAGAACCAAUCGGCCAAGAAGUGAAUCCUCAAAUCCCCAACCUCAAUUAUCUGAAAAUUCGAGGUAAUGCUUAUACUCUUAAUCCUUCUAUUUUCUUUGAAGAUGAGGAAACAUUAGAGUCUUUCACAAAACUCUUUCUUCCUGGCAAGGUUAUUUCACCCCAAUAUGUUGAUCUCUUUGAAUUUGAAAAAGAUGAAUCUUUUGCACCGUAUUUGUCUAGAGGUGUGCAAGAGCCUACUUUUAAUUUUCUUAGUUGGAUAUGGUAAAAUUAAAUUAUUACUCCAUAUUUUUUUAGCAGUUUUCACACCCAAUUCACCAAAACCAAUUGUUCGCAUGGUACAUUUUCAUAUGCAGUAGAGGCAUCACUGUUUGUUUAGAAAUUUGUGGCGUUUGAUUUAGUAAUGACUGUUAAGAAAUUUUUCUGAGAAACUACAGCCCAUUUGUUUCUUUUGUUUUAUUUAAUGUUUUAAGAACUUUAUUUCUCCUUGCUUUUGAAUUUGAAAUGUUACAGAUCUGGUUAGGUUUUGGACAAAGUAACAAGGGGACUGGUUUGGCCUGCAAAUAUGAAGUGAAUAUAGAGGCUGGUGUUUUUAUGGAGACAAUAGAUAUGUUGCUUUUGCAAAUGGUUGGGCAUAUUUCUUAAGGGUCUUUCCACGGAUACGUUUAUUGGUUGUUCGAAGAGAACACUUUGCUGAAAACAAUGAGUUUGAGAGAAUAUGGCCGUGUUGCUGAAAUCUGUUUCCCUAUUGUGGUUGUUCUGCAAAAUAUGGCCGUGUUGCUGAAAUCUGAGAGCCAACUCUUUGUGCUCUUGAUUGUUGGUAUUACUGUAGGGAUCCUCUUUAUGCAGGUAAAUCAAUUUCCUUUGGAAAUAUUGUUGCAUCGUGGCUGGUUAAUUGCCUACCUUUUGGUUUGGUUUGAAGGAGAAAAGAUCUGUGAGAAAUAGUGGGAUAGAAGGAAAAAAAGAGCUAAGAGUUAGAGAGUACUUAGUGGGUUGUUUGGAACUCCGUAUAGGAGAAUUAGGAAAGAAAGAUGAGAGAAAUAAAUGUGUUUGGGUGAUGGGAUUAGUUGUAUAUCUGAAAGACAAAAGUUGCCCUCAUUAAAAUAAAUAUACCCAUCAAAUUGAGGAAAGGUUAUAAGUGGGAAAAUAAAAAUUAGGAAACAGUCUUCCCCUCAUGUCUUUAUGAGAGAGGAAUUUAUGUGGGUCCGAUCUCACUCUUACCAAACAAGGUUGGUUUGUCCUCUCUCCCCAACUACCAUCUCCCUAAGAUCUCUUCCUUAUUUCACUCAUACAAUACACACAUAAACUUUAUUGCACAAUUCUCACCUGGUUGUCUUAAGCGAAGGAAGUAGAAAAAUAAGUAACUUCACAAGCUAAAACAGCUUGAUAUGAUGAAAUCAGUGAGUAUAAGAUUUUGUUCAAUAGGCUCCCAAAAUCUUGAAUUUCUUUUAUUGAGAAAGGGAAUGUAUUUUCCUAUUGUUUUGAUAUAAAGAGAACAAAUAAAAUUUCCCAUAUUGGGAAUCAGAGGAGAUUAUAUUUAUCAAAAGACAGUGCUCGCUACAUUGUUGUUUCUUUUGGUAGUUUCUUCCAUUCAAAAAGUUUCAGUUUAAGUACUAUGAAAGGUAUAGACUAUGCUAGAUCUACCUCUUUUAUAUUCUCUAUCAAUGAAUGAACUGAACCCAUCUAAAUUAGCAUUAUUUAAGUCUAUUAUUGUUGAAUGUCUUUGGCCGUAGAUGUUUGCAAAAUAUAAUACGAGUAGUUUAGAAACAAAUUUGGAAACAAAAGUAUCAUUUACUUGAUAGAGUUAUCUGUAUUUCUGUCUCAUACAUACAGGUCACAUUUGCAAAGGGGAGUUUAUUGCCGAAGAAGGCAAAUGAGCUUUCUACCCUUUGUGAUGUUGAGGUUGUUUUAAUCAUCUUCAAUGGGGGAAACAUCUAUGAAUUUUGUAGCAGGUUCGCCGUUUUUGACAAUGACUUCAUCAUUCACCAACCAAGAGAACAUGCAGAGGAGCAAAAUCAUCUUUGUUUUCAUUGGCAAUAAGACUGAAGCAAAUGUGCAGUGAAAAUGUGCCCACUAAUUACUCGUUUUUUUUUGUUUUUAGGUGAAAAUUAGAUUAUCUUGGAAGGCGUUUCUAUUUCCAUGUUUUUCCACCUCUCAACUGGAUUCCGUUUCUGCUUCUGCCCGUAAACCAAUCUGGAUUCGGUGACCUUCCAAUUGCAUCAGUUGAACAAAAUAGCCGUCUGGCUACCAUUUUUCAGCAGCCAACAGUUUUCCAGGUUCUUCCAUUUCCAUCUGAUGCUUGUAGCCAUGUCAGGCUGGGCAUGGGAGAAAAUUUCCACAGGUGAAAAUUUAAUCGAUUUGCGCGUUGAUCUGAAAAUUUAUCUUGAACCAUUCAGUUAAGCACAUGGUCUCUAUAUUAUAUAAUUCAUUGGUUUAAGGACAGCAAUGGCCUUUAAGAAAUGUUAUACAUACAACUCUUCAUAUGCCCCACAUGUAAGCUUGAUUCAAAGUCACCUUCAUUACAUAGAUACGAGAUUAAUCUUCUUUUCAUAAUGCUAUUACCUAUGAUAGCACGUUAUUGCUUUUUGAUCUAUUGUUAUUUAUUACGAUUUGCAAGUUUUUUAAACCUAUCAUCUUGGGUAUGGGUUUUUAUAUGUCAUGACAGGUUGCAGAUUCAACAAUUAAGGGGGUUUGCUUGAGUUUGCUAUGUGUCAUUAUGGGCAAGAAAUUAUUAGCUUAUCCUUUGCUUGGCAUGUUAUUUGUCUAAAUCUUCAUAGCCAUUUGUUGUUGCCAGCACCUAUCUCAGUAGCCAUUCUACUUUGCAUGACAUUAAAGCAAAUCUCAUUUAUGUUUUUUUUUAAACACUCUUACAUUUCGUGGCUUUGCCCUCUACCUAUAAAUAAAUUUAUAAAACUACAUUAUGGACGCUGGUUAUAAAACUUGCCUGAUUAC